AUGGUCACACUGCUGGGGGAACAUCACAUCGGGCAACAUCACCGUGAAAAAAAGAAAGAAUUGGGGAAAAUGUGGUUUUCGGUCAAGUGAUAGGUGGUUGCUGCAACGCAGGUGAGCUGGGCCGAGGAAAAAGCGGAUUCGGGAAAGGACCCAUUGGCCGGAAAACUCCUUGGCUGGGCUCUACGCAAUUGGCUGUCCAUCAAAAGUUGUCGACGUUCGUUGUUGUUGUUGCUGCCUGGCUGCAUUUUCGUAUUGGCAUCGGUUUUUGGUUUUUUUUUUUUUUUGUUGGUACUCUGAUGUACGAACAAAACUACGUUUAAUUCGGUGACCGAUAAACGUAGAGGAGCAGCUAAGACGGCAAACGCGAGAUAUAUAGUUCCGGCAGAUAGUUCUAAUUAUACAACCCAGCCCGUAGACGUAUUCCCCCCGAAGAUCCGAAACUGGUUAUACACACAUCGCAAGGCACGGGAGGUUGGAGGGGCUCCAAUGGACAAAAUCAAGGUAAAGGUUAUUGGUGUGCUGCGUGAACGCGAUGGUGGCAAUCGCAGUGGCUCCGCAGGACUGGCAGCAGCGGCGGCUGGAGGAUCUGGUGGAGUCAACGCCUCGACGGGUCAUCAAUUGGCCUCCACCGGAGUGGGCGUGGCAGCGCCCUCGAUUGGGGUCACGCAGGAUAAUAACAACGAAGGCAACGCCCCGAUAGAAACCCAAACAACGGGCGGAGGAACGGCAACGGGAGGAGCAUCGGUGGGGGCAAGUGGAGCUGCCAGAACCUCGGUUCUGUCGCGACCACAAACCUCCAAAAUCAGCGCAUUAGAUCUCGCCGGGAUACUCAACACACGGCGACGACUCGAAUGGACCAAGGAAUGGCUGCGCAAAAACCAGGCCGAGUUCCUUAGCAAGGAGAACCUACUUAGUUUACUGCAGUCGCGCAAGGAUGAGUGCUAUCACUUGAAUUACUUCCUAGCCAUAACAGAGAGCCAGUUUCGGUAUCUGGUGCAAAAGCUGGAGCCCAUCAUUAGCAAGUACGCGCCGCAGCGCAAGAAGAAGUCCUUCAGCGCCGAGGAGCGACUGGCCAUAACGCUCAAGUAUUUGGCAACGGGUGAAGUACAUUCUUGUCGAAAUUACUGCUUCCGUGCCUCGAAAUUUGUGAUAAACGAAAUGAUUGCCAAUAUCUGUCUGCGCUUCUACGAGCACCUCAAGGACCAAUACGUGACACUACCAAAGACUGACGAUCAAUGGCGCAGCGCCGCCGAGGAGAUGGAGCGCAAGCACAACCUGCCCCACUGCGUGGGCAAUCUGUUCAUGCGCAGCAUCCAGCUCCAGGGCUCCGGAUCGGGCUCCUCAUCCGGUUCGGGCUUGGGUUCCGGUGCGGCGGGCAGCGCCGGCGACGAUCGCAAGCGUGCGACCGUAAUCUUCACGGGCAUCGUGGAUGCCGACAACAAUUUCCAGUACGCAAAGGUCGAGCGGGCGGCGAGCAGCCGUCCGAAUGACAUCUAUAACCAGACCACUGCCGUCGAGCUGAUCAGGCACAAGAUGCACGCUCUGGAGGAGCAACAGUCGGCGGAGAUGGACCGGCAGGGCUAUUACUUCGCUGGCGACUCGGUACUGCCAGCCACCUCGUAUCUGGUGACCACACGCAAUCUGCCCAAGGAUCGGGCCGUGCUAGAGGCGCUCGAGCAGGUGAAUGCCCAUGCGGACCAGACGAUGCGAAUACUCUGCAACAUGUUCCCGAUUCUGGCGCAGCCGCUGCGCAUCAGUGACAAACACAUCCGCGAAGUGGUUCUCGGCUGCGUGGCGCUGUACAAUUUCCUGCGCAAGACGGACGACUCCUUUCGGCGCACCAGCGACAGCAUUGUGCAACAGCGGGCGGAGCAGCAGCAGCUGGCGGCGGCCUACAGCGUCGACAGCGACGAAAUCGACGACGAUUGCAUCAUGCUGGCCACCGAGGAGGAGCUGCGCGAGAGGGCCGAGUUUACGCCCAGCGUUGGACUGACCACCUGCUUCCAGCCGCUGUGCACGCAGCGCGGCGAGACGCCCGAAGGCCUGGCCAAGCGGGACUGGCUGCUCCAGCUGGACUUUGGCGGCCACGGCAGCGGUAACGGAAGCAUCGGCAACGGCAGCGAUGGCAAUGGCAACUUGAGUGGCAACGGCGGAUUGGGCGGCAGCACGGACAGUGCGAGCGGCAGCUCAAAUGGGAGUUUAUAUUAGUGCAAUUUACCUAAGUACUUUACGAAUUUUGUAUAGUUCCUUGUUUUAUAUUUUUUAAAUCUGUAAUCUGUAUCUGUAUUCGAGCAUCUGUUUGCCACAUUGCCGACUCUUGUUUACCUCUCGUUUGGCGCAUUCUUCUCUGCAUACCAUUUACGAUUACGUUCACGUUCGUUCCAUCUGCGUUCCGUGCUUCAUCUAGGGUUCUGUAUAGUUAGCUUAGUUUCUUGCGGAAGUUCCGGUUCGGUGAAUGAUGCUAUGUGAUGUCUCAAAUCUCUAAUAGUUGCCCCUCCCCCAGUGCACUGCUCCCGGGGAGCAAGCAGGGCCUUCAACUUGGCCCAGGCAAAAAAUAAAAAGGCGGCAGCUAACAAAAAUGUGCGAAGUCGACGAAGUACAGCGGAAACAGAUCAACAAAAUUAAAAUUUUAGUAUUCGUAUUUAAGCAAAACAACAAAUUAUACAUAAUUAUAUUUACAAAUAAAUGUGUAAGGAGUGGUCUUUACGUGUCGAAACCUUAA